CAAAUAUACCCCGGUAGUACACGCAUGCGUCCUCUGUCAGGGGAGGUUAACGCAUGGUCAAACAGAUUUAUUCUUAAAUUAGUUCAAUUUAAACAUUUCUACUGUCUAUGUGUUGAAUUUGUUAGUUUAUCUUUGCGCCAAAAUCAAGGUUGAGCGGAUUUCCUCACUCACGUGCGCCAACGGCAAUGCACAGCAGCCUGGCUCGUUAUUUAAUCUUCUUUCAGUAUAUCGGGACUAAAUACAGUGGAGUGGUCAAGGUUCCUCCACAGCAGCUGAAGAAGAAAGGAGUUCAAGACCAUUUAGAGGCAGCCAUUUUGAGGCUGAGGCCAGAGAACCACGUGUCUCUGUACGUGUCGAGCAGAACAGACGCCGGGGUCCAUGCUCUGAGUAACUCCGCCCACUUUGACCUCCAGCGUAAAAACAAAGCUCCAUUCACUGAGGAGAUUCUUAGAGAUGCCAUCAAUUUCCACCUGAGAGAGCAGAGCAUCAGAGUCACUCGUGCCGUCCGUGUUCCUUUGGACUUCCACUCGCGGUUCCAGGCUCAGAGCAGGACUUACCUCUACAGAGUUGCCCUGGGACCUGACAAGACUCAGAUCCCCCUCAGCGACUCAGAGCUCUGCUGGAACCUCUGCACCACGGAGUUGGACAUAGACUCGAUGCGUGAAGCGGCGGCCAUUUUGAAAGGGACUCACGACUUCAGCAGCUUCAGAGCCAUAAACUCAGACCUGCCAUUUAAAAACCCGGUCAAAACCAUGGACCAGAUCUGCGUUCAGCCGGGGAGCUCCUUCACAAGCAACCAUUUCCACAGACACAUCCCGUUCUGGGAGCUGACUUUCACAAGCAAAUCUUUCCUCUACAAACAGGUGCGCAGGAUGGCUGGAGCUCUGGUGGCCGUGGGCAGAGGUCGUCUCUCUCCUCUGAGCCUGAAGAAAGUGCUGGACGCUCGGGAUUCCACCGCCUUCCCCCAGGGCCUGUCUGCGCCAGCUCACGGACUGUUCCUGACCAACGUGGAGUACCGGGACGAAGAUCUGAAGUUUCCAAAAAUGACAACGUCUGAAGAACAAAAUCUGAGAUAAGGUUUUAUGAAAAUUUUAUAAUUUGUAUAUUUUGAACAUAAUUAUUCAAGCACUGUAUUUUUGAUAGUAAAAGACUCUC